AAAGUGUGAUCCAGGAGAGAUGGCGCAGAAAGAACUCGACCAAGAAGUCGUUUUCUGCUCUGAUGAGAACCCGGACCAGAGACCACACCAGGGAUCGGACCAGAGACUGUACCAAGUUUUACCGCCGCCAGAUGAAUCUAGCUCCAGAGAGGACUUCUUACAAUAUUCUACAGAAAUCACUCUGGACCCAAACUCAGUUCACACACAAGUGCUUCUGUCUGAUGGAAACAGAGUGACAUUUAGGAGAGAGCACCAGAGUUAUCCAGAUCAUCCAGACAGGUUCAGUGACAGGGAGCAGGUCCUGAGCAUAGAGAGUCUGGAGGGCCGCUGUUACUGGGAGGUGGAGUGGAGCGGGAUGUGGGGUGUUUCUACAGCAGUUUCAUACAGAGAGAUUCAGAGGAAAGGAGACUCUGAUGAAUGUGGAUUUGGAUACAAUGAUAAAUCCUGGGCCUUAUACUCUGACGAAACCAGUUACUCAUUUCUGUUUAACAAAGCCGAGUUCGAGUUCUCAGGUUCAGUCGGGUCCAGAAUCGGGGUUUACCUGGACCACAGUGCAGGGGUUUUGGAGUUUUACAGUGUCUCUGGUGGAACCGUGAGGCUCCUCCACAGAGUCCAGACCAGGUUCACUCAGCCUCUCUACGCUGGGGUCGGGUUAUAUUGUUAUGGAGACACUGCACAUUUCCCUAAACUUAAAUAAUAACUUGUCAGAAUAAUUUUAUUAUCCCAUAUUUGCUAAAUACUUGUGUGAUAUUCUAGGCCUAUGAGUUAACCAUUUAUGUACUACAAUUCUUUGAUUUAUAAUGUACCAAUCACUUGUAUGAAAAUGAAUAACCUCUCUGUGUUUUGGCAGUGACCUAUCGCUCUAGUGAACCUCGAGAUGAUUCCUCACAUGAAGCCAACUCCCACUGUCACACAUGCAAGAGUUAUGAUGGUGUCUGUCCAUACCUAAGGCACCUCCUGAUUGUUAAUCAUGUUUUAUGUGUUUAUACUAUGCAUAGCUGCAUCAGUUUCUUAUUAUGUCUUUGCUGUUUCCCCUUCCCCUUGAGAAUUAUCAUUCUGUAACUAGGGCCUCCUCAUGAAAUAAAAAGAGGAGAGCGGCCUUGAGGCAUCAGAACGUGUAGAGACUGUUGGUUUUGAUGCCCACUCUCUGC